AUGUUCUUCUCAUUACUGAAUCUUCUCAUCUGCAGCCAAGUCGUCUUGGGUAGCAUCCAUCGCCGGGUAGCACCUAUUCCUCCAGCUCAGGAUCCUUUUUAUCAACCACCAGCAGGUUACGAAAAUGCCGUCCCGGGGACCAUCCUUAGGUCCAGGCCUGCCCCAGCUAAACUCCAGGCGCUUAGCCUUGUUCCAGUGAACAUCAAACAAGUCACCCAACUCUUGUACCGUACGACGAACGCUCUGGGACAGCCAGAGGUCACUGUCAGUACUGUCAUGGUACCAGAGAAUGCGAGCUACGACAAGGUCGUCUCAUACCAAGUGGCAGAAGACAGCGGAGGCCAAAUCAAUUGCGCUCCGUCAUAUACCCUUCAAACUGGCUCUCAAUCUAUCUACGCUGGCACUGGAGAUGUUGAGAUGCUCCUUAUUCUUGGAGCUCUGAACGAGGGAUGGAUCGUGAGCAGUCCGGACUGGGAAGGUCCUAACUCGACUUUCAUUGAAGGCUUUCAGGCUGGCCAAUCUACUCUCGAUUCUGUCCGUGCAGUGCUUUCGUCAGGCAAGAUCACCGGUGUAAAGAGUGAUGCCAAGGUCCAGAUGUGGGGUUACAGCGGUGGUGCGUUAGCUUCGGAAUGGGCCAUGGAAUUGCAGUCGUCUUACGCCCCGGAACUUAAAUUUGUCGGAGCUGCGAUCGGUGGAGUGACCCCAAACGUGCAGAACGUGUACGGUACCAUCAACCAUGGCCCUUUCGCCGGAAUCGCCGCUGCCGCCCUCCUAGGCAUGGCCAAUGCAUUUAAGGACUUCCAGACAGCGCUAACGAACCAAUUGAUUCCGGCAAAGGCAGCGGAGUUUUACCAAGCGGGACAGAAUUGCUUCUACGGCGAUGUAGUGCUUUUCGCCGGACAGAACAUUUCUUCAUACUUCUACGAUGGUGACGAUAUCGUCCUCGAGCCAACUCUUGCCAAAUACUUUCGCUCGAACGCACAAAUGGGUCGUCACGGUGUUCCAUCGAUGCCGUUAUUCGUCUACAAGGCGGUGGCCGAUGAGAUUUCUCCUAUUGCCGAUACAGAUGCGCUGGUGGAUCAAUUCUGCGGUGACGGUGUCUCAAUUACUUACGUCAGGGACGCGGCGGGUGAGCAUUUCACGCAAGCCGCCACUAGCUUUCCAGAUGUUAUCAACUUCCUUCGUGCGAGGUUUGCUGGAACACCUAUCUCUGGAUGCUCGAUUCGAAACGAGUUUCUAGAUGCCUUGGAUGCAGGCGGGCCUUCGUACUUUGGCAGCAUUAUCGUCACCGAACUGUUGAAUCUACUAGGCAAACCAGUUGGUCCAGGUAAUGUUUAG